AUGGACUUGAUGGCACAUUUUGAGCGCGCUCAACAAGCGCUAAAUGUACAACAUCUCCAGCAGUACUAUCAAGCAUUGCAACAACAAGCACAGCAGCAAGCACAACAACAAGCCGCCGCAGCCGCUGCUGCUGCUGCCGCCAGUAGCGCGCAGACGGCCCCUGAACGGAUGGAUGAAGGACUGUGUGAUGCGGCUAUAGCGCCGCUAGUGCUGACUUCAUCAGUGGGAAGUCUGUUGGGUUCGAGUCAAUCGCCCACGACGUCCCGCGAUGCUCCUGCUCCACAACGAAUUCGAAGCGAACAUCGUAAUGCAUCGACGAAUUCAUCAUCGACGACAAUUUCGCAGCAUACGAAAGAUCGGUUGAAAAAUAUGAUAGCACAACGAAAUCGUGAGGGAAGUCAGACGAAUCUUGCUGGGACACCACCUCAGCAGCAUGCUCCGAUGAGUCCUCAGGUAAUCCUUAAGUGA